UAUUAACCCGGGAGGCGGCGGCGGGGAGGGGAGAGGCUCUGAGAGGCGAGGCCGGGUGAGGCGGAGAGGGCGGCCCGUCGGGCGCGGGACGGGACUGGGCAGCGCGGGCGCCGGGAGCCGCGGCCCGAAGUCGGGGCGCUUCGCCCCGGGCCCCCCCAGCAUGAAGACCCCGGCGGACACAGGGUUUGCCUUCCCGGAUUGGGCCUACAAGCCGGAGUCGUCCCCUGGCUCGAGGCAGAUCCAGCUGUGGCACUUUAUCCUGGAGCUGCUGCGAAAGGAGGAGUACCAGGGCGUCAUCGCCUGGCAGGGGGACUACGGGGAGUUCGUCAUCAAGGACCCGGACGAGGUGGCCCGGCUGUGGGGCGUCCGCAAGUGCAAGCCCCAGAUGAACUAUGACAAGCUGAGCCGGGCCCUGCGCUAUUACUACAAUAAACGCAUCCUGCACAAGACCAAGGGGAAACGGUUCACGUACAAGUUCAACUUCAACAAACUGGUGCUGGUUAAUUACCCGUUCAUUGAUGUGGGGUUGGCUGGGGGCGCAGUGCCACAGAGUGCCCCUCCAGUGCCGUCUGGUGGAAGCCACUUCCGCUUCCCUCCUUCAACGCCCUCUGAGGUGCUGUCUCCCACCGAGGACCCCCGCUCACCACCAGCCUGCUCAUCAUCUUCCUCCUCCCUCUUUUCCGCCGUGGUAGCCCGCCGUCUGGGUCGUGGCUCAGUCAGUGACUGUAGCGAUGGCACGUCAGAGCUGGAGGAGCCACUGGGAGAGGACCCCCGGGCACGACCACCCGGCCCUCCAGAGCUGGGUGCCUUCCGAGGGCCCCCACUCGCCCGCCUGCCCCACGACCCUGGCGUCUUCCGUGUCUAUCCCAGGCCCCGGGGUGGCCCUGAACCCCUCAGUCCUUUUCCUGUGUCGCCUCUGGCCGGGCCUGGCUCCCUGCUACCCCCUCAGCUCUCACCAGCCCUGCCCAUGACACCCACCCACCUGGCCUACACACCCUCCCCCACACUGAGUCCCAUGUACCCCAGUGGUGGUGGUGGUCCUAGCGGCUCAGGGGGAGGCUCACACUUUUCCUUCAGUCCUGAGGACAUGAAACGGUACCUGCAGGCCCACACCCAAAGCGUCUACAACUACCACCUCAGCCCCCGCGCCUUCCUGCAUUACCCUGGGCUAGUGGUGCCCCAGCCCCAGCGCCCUGACAAGUGCCCGCUGCCGCCCAUGGCACCUGAGACCCCACCGGUCCAGUCCUCGGCUUCGUCCUCCUCUUCUUCCUCCUCUUCCCCGUUCAAGUUUAAGCUGCAGCCACCCCCACUAGGACGCCGGCAGCGGGCAGCUGGAGAGAAGGCUCCAGGAGGUGCCGACAAGAGCAGCAGUGGCAGUGCGGGCGGGCUGGCUGAGGGGGCAGGGGCGUUGGUCCCACCGCCUCCACCGCCACCACCACAGAUCAAAGUGGAGCCUAUCUCUGAAGGUGAAUCCGAGGAGGUGGAGGUGACUGACAUCAGUGAUGAGGAUGAGGAAGAUGGGGAGGUGUUCAAGACACCCCGUGCCCCGCCUGCACCCCCCAAGCCGGAGCCUGGCGAGGCACCUGGGGCGGCCCAGUGUAUGCCCCUCAAACUGCGUUUUAAGCGGCGCUGGAGUGAAGACUGUCGCCUGGAGGGGGGUGGGGCCCCCCCUGGGGGCCUUGAGGAUGAGGGUGAGGACAAGAAGGUGCGAGGGGAAGGCCCUGGGGAGGCUGGGGGACCCCUCACCCCAAGACGGGUGAGCUCUGACCUCCAGCAUGCCACAGCCCAGCUUUCCCUGGAGCACCGAGAUUCCUGAGGGCUGUGGUCAGGGGGCCCAGGUUACCCCCACUCCCCAUGCUUCUUUUGCUGCCUUAACCCCUCAGAGCCUUGGAGGUGAGGGCAGCUCUUUAGUCUCCUUCCUGCCUCCUACCUUUCCCUCCCCACAUUUUGUAUAAAACUUUUUUUUUUUUAAAUUUUUGUUUUUAAUGCUGGGGGUGGGUGGGUGCCCAGGGCUGGGAGCUGUGCCCUGUCUCUGGGUUUCUAAGCUCGGGGUAAAAUGGUGGUGGGAGGAGGGUGGGGGCAGUUAAGGGGGCCACCUCCAUCUGGGGAAUUUAUAUUUGAAUGAGGCUUUGGCCUCAACACCCAGGAACUUUUUUAUUACAAUCUCUUAGGAAGUAAAGCCUUGUCUCCCUCCCUGUUCUCUGCCUCUUGUACCUCUUCUCCACUCCACCUUCCCCAGUCACCUUCACUCCCAUCCCUGCCUUCCUUGCCCCUUAAGGGGCCAUGAGUGCCUGGGUUUUUCAUACCCUACAAGGUUGCAGCAGGGGAAGGACAAUGUUAUGAUGAACCAAAAAUUUAGUGGUAGGGGGUGUGUGUGGCGGGGGGAGAAGAGGGUGAGGGGUGCCACCCAUGGGCCACAAAUCUCUUACAAGUGCCUGCUCUCCCUCUCCCACUCCUCACCCCAGCAUCAGUCUACCCUUUCACCCCCAGCUGCUCCGAGGACUGGCCCAUGGGCAGGUGGAUGGGGGAUGGGAAGGGGGUGCCCUGAAACCAAACUGGAAGCCCCCUCUGCCUCCCAGCUGGGGUCCCUGGGGUGGGGUGGGGGGCUGUGGUCAAGCCUUAUUCUGUAUGGGGAAUGGAGGGUGGGUCGGGAAGUAGAGGGACGCUGGAGAAUGUAUUCAAAACAAUAAAACUUUGGACCUUU